UUGCGAUACGUUGCUUAGUGGGAGAUGCUCUGCAAAACAUGGCGAUCGUAAUCACUUUUAAUAAACAAUACUGAUACUAAGUGAAUUUUUAUCUUAAGAGGGCUAUGACGGCCCCUGCAUAAGCCAUUGAUGGGUUGUUAAGACGUUAGGGAUGAGAAGAUGUCCAGUUCAUUUGUGAAAGACUGUUCAGAUGUGUCAGCUCCAGGAAAUUCAAGUUCUGGAAAGACUGUAAUAAUUAUAGUCAACAAUGAAACAGGAAAUGUAUCCCUAGAUCAAGAUGAGUUGCAGAAUUUGCUUGCAAGCCAUGGGGCAGAUGGGUCCCAGGUUAGUGUUGUCAGAAUGGGUAGUGGUGGUGUUGGAGGCGUGAUUGGAAAUCCUGGUGAUAUUGUCACAAGUCCGUCAAUUGUUGCAACAGCUGAUGGCACAGCGCAUGUUAAUUUUACUGUUGAAGGGUAUCCUGCAAUACCUUUGGAAGGACAAGUGAGUGGGGGAAUGAACUAUGCAGAACUUCCAUUAGAUCAAGAUGCAUUCCAGCGACUAGAGAGUGUUCUGGAAAGUGAAGAGGCUCGUGAAAUUCUUGGAGAACCAUUUGAUAUGGUUGCAAAUCCUGACCAGUUGGGAACUUUGGACCAGUUAAUGGAUUCAUCUCUUUUCGAAGGGACUGAGCAAGAUAAUGUUAAUGAUGCAGAAAAUGUAAAUAGUGAAGGUAUCACAUCAUCUAAGAAAACACGGUCUCCCCCAAAACGCAGAUCACAAAGGCAGAUGGACAAAGCAGAGAGAGAAGAAGUGGAGAAGAUCCUUGCUGAAAAUAAGAAACUUCUGCAAGAAGAAAAGCAGCAACUUGGAGAGCAGCAGAUUGUGGAAAAUAUGCGCAAGAUGCAGACUAUUGAUGAAGACGAAGACACGGAGGAUGAAGAGAUGGAAGAAGAUGAAAGUGAUGGUGAUGAAGAAGAUGGAUCAGAAAAUAUUGUAUCUAGAAAGACUGCCAUAGGUAAAAAAAGAGGAAAAGUGUCUGGAAAGGGCCGUGGGAAAGUGAGGGGUAAAGGAAAAUUAGAUACUGAGAAAGAGAAGCUACAAGACCCAAAGGGAAAGGGCAAAGGAAAGAAGAAAAUUGAGGAAGAGGACCAGGAAGUUGGUUUGGGGAGAGGUGGUGGCCGUGGCAAAGGCAGAGGAAAUGUGAAAGAAGGAAAUAUUGGAAAUGGUAAAGGUAGAGGUCGAGGGGCUCUAAAGAAAGAUGGAGAGAGUUCAAUAGGAAAAAAAAUGGAAUCCAAUACCACUGACAAGGCUGUUGGUGUAGUUGGACGAAGAAAGAAAAGUGAUGUCAGUGAUAAUGAUGAAGAAAAAGCAAAGCCUCUGAAGAGUGUUAAAAAAGGUGAAAUUGAAUCAGUUAAUGAAAAGUCUAAUAGGAAUGAAAAGGAGGACAAGAAGUCUCAGAGAGAUAAUGCUAAAGUUGGCAUUAAAGAUAGUUUAGAUGAUAAGAAAGCUGGAAACCAGAAAGACCAAAAAAAUGGUGUUAAUGAGACUGAAAGGAAGUUGAGGAAAGGUAUUAAAGGAAAGGAAGAUGAUGAUGCAAAGUUAGGAGACAGUAGAAGUGUUGAGAAAAAACUAAAUAAAGAAAAGGGUGAUGGUAGUGAUGGUGGAAAGAAACUCAAAUUAAGAAAGAGUGCGAGGAGCAAAGGAAGCACUGAAGAGAAUGACGAAAGUGGAGCAAAUCUUAAGAAAUCUCAGUCAGAAAAGGAAAGUGAUAAUAAUAAGUUAAGAUCAAAACAGGGAAUUAGACGAAGUAGUGAAACAGUAUCUGAAGAUGAGAAUAGUGCUAGAACUAAGGAAAUAGUCAGUGUAGAGGAAAAGGGAAAUGCUGAUGUAGGUAAAGCACAUGCUAGGAAAUGCUUAAAAGAGAGAGUGAUGACAGUGAAGCAUUAA